UACACUAUAUACAGAAAGUAAAAUCAAUCUUUCGAAAAUAACUCCGGAAUUGACAGUACUUAACUGACCACAUAUACAUUUUUGCCGCCGGAUAAAAAAGACUUACAUCACCAUUUUUUCCUGAAGAUCAUCCUAACCUGCUAUAAACCCAAGAGAACAACUUGUGUCAAAAAUUAAUCACGUUACUGGCAACAGCCCUAAUACACUCAUCUAAAACAAUCAGAAGACUUUAAUUUUGUUUUGUUAGACUGGGAACAACUUAAAGAUUAAUAAAUGGAUAAAAUUGAGUGCACGUAUUGCCUGUCAAGAAUAAAUGACGAUAAUUAUUUGCGUUGUCAACAAUGCCAGCGAGACGUGCACAUUAAAUGUCUGAAACGCGCCAGCACGCCUGGUGAUUUAUUUGGCGAUGUUUUUUUCGAUUUUGUGUGCCAGAAAUGUGUUCAGCUAAACUACGAUAAUAGUCCAUCUACAUUAAAAAUACCAAAUGGUGAUUCGGCGAAGGCGAUCCGCGAGAAAUUUACACGUUUACGUAUGCCUUGGUUGCUUGUUAUUGUUCUAACACUUUAUAACUUAUCAAUAAAAUCUAAAGGCUUGAGUCGUCAUCAUGGAUAUUUUCAUUGGCGUACGCAUAUAGUCAGUUUUAUUGAUAAAAACUGGAACUAUCUAUUUGAGCAUGGCGUAAAAAAGCGGAAGAAUUGGAUAGGUUCCGUGUCGGGGACAUUGUCGCAUAAUAGUCCUCGUUUUUUCACAUCUGGACAGGAAUUGUUUAAAGAGAAUGGAUGGUGGAAGCUAACGCAUGCAAAUAAAUCUCCGAAAGAUAUACACAAGCUGUAUGAGGAAAUUUGCCGGAAACGCCAGCUAGAGCGUAUGGAUAAGCGCCGUUUCGACGAUAACUGCAACAGAACGGGUAGUAAUGAACAAGAUAAUAAACGUUUAAAGCCUUGCGAAUCCGAUGAGGACUCAAUACUUGUUGUUGAAUCGUGCAGUCGUACAAUACCUUACAUGGGCCGUAAACCCAAAAAAGUGCUUAAGAACUUAAACGUGCUAGAGGAUGAAAUAGUGUCAAAAGUUUCGCAGAAUUCAUUAGAUGGUUCAACAACUGUAGAGGAAAAUGCUAUGCCUCUAAAUACUGUUCAAUCCAAUUUAAUGGAUUUUUUAGCUGAAAAUUUUGCCGACGAUAAUUUGAAUGUGUUUAAUGCUUUACCAAAUAUAGCACCCGAGCCUUUAGUAGAAACCGAAAUUAAAUCAGACAUAUUGCCGUUGCUGGAUACUGACAACGACGAUCCCAAUCUCUACAGUGAUAAUGCGCUAAUAAAAUCUGAACCUGUGGAUUUAAAUGGGCAUUUAUAUAGUGAUUUUUAUUCUCACUUGACAGCAGAACCAAAGUUAGACAAUAUUUAUAACCCACAACAAAUUGGUGAGCUGCAACAACAACAAUUGCUUGAUGGUCUAAAGACGGACCAUAUUACUAGAUCUGGAGACUUUUAUACUACAAAUUCUGAACACACUUACGAUGCUGAAGAGGAGAACACAAAUACCUCAUCUAUGAAAACUGUUCCGCUUGCUAAAGAUGAUAUUGAGUCACGGCCGGAUAGUGAAGAGGAAAGGGGCAAUUCAACAGGAAGUGAUACUGAAGAUGAAGCAUAUAAACCUCGAAUAUUGCAGGUCACUAAUUUCCAGCAGGCUACCACAGAAGACCUCAAUAGCAGUAAAAUAAAAGAAGAACUUAAAAUAGUUGAACUUCCCAUAAAGAAGAAAGCGGAAAUGAUCGAAGAAAAGGCCGAACAAAAUGAACCUCUGUCUUCUUGUAAACCGAGCUUAUUUACUAAAAAUCCCCGUCGUAAUUGGCCUUGGCUAUUGGAUCAAGACAAGGAAGAAUCUGAGGAAAUAUUAACAGAAAGUGCAGAACAUUCGGCACGAGAACAUAAUCAACUUGUUCCGAUGAGCGUAUAUGAAGAAAGUGGAGUUCUGCAGAAAUUACGUAAAAUUUUUGCUUUGGAAGAGAAAUGUCAAUUACAUAUACCGUGUUCCGUACGUAGAUACUACCGUAAAUUAUGUAUUCGUGAAUGGAAACGGGAACAUGGCAAACCUUUGUUUAAUUUGGAUAACUACUUGGGCAAUACCAAAACAAACCGAGAUCAAGAAGAGAAAUCAAAAAUAAUCGACCGUUAUCAGCUCCUAUCUCUGUCUUCUACGGAUGUUAGGAAAUCAUUUUAUGCUCGCAUCGCUGGCUCAUCUCAAAAUGAACUAUUUGAAUCCCCAUAUACUCAAAGGAUUUUGCAUCCCUUUGUGUACCGUGACAAAAAGUGCUUUCCACCAUUUUUAAAGCUGAUGUGUGAAUUGAAGUUUAAAGUCAAUGGAAUUCCACCGAAACGUGCGCCCGUAGACUAUUGUUAUGUGCGUCCUAAUCACAUAGCAGCUGUUAAUGCUCUAUUACAAACCAUGUUUUGGCCAGGAAUUGAUAUGUCCGAAUGUUUAAGUUAUCCAGAUUUCAGUGUAGUGGCUUUAUAUAGGAAAUUGAUUAUCGGUUGCGGUUUUCUUGUACCUGAUGUAGGUUUCAAUGAGGCUUAUAUAUCAUUUAUGGCCGUCCGUCCAGGGUGGCAGCGCAGUGGUGUUGCCACCUUCAUGUUAUAUCAUUUAAUACAGACUUGUAUGACCAAAGAUAUUACCUUACAUGUAUCGGCCACUAAUCCUGCUGUCGUGUUGUAUCAGAAAUUCGGUUUUAAAAUUGAAGAAAUCAUUUUGGAUUUUUAUGAAAAGUAUUUGCCAAUGGAUUCAAAGCAUAGUCGCAACGCGUUUUUUUUAAGACUUAUGAGAUGAA